CAGAUUUAGGAUAAAAGUACGAAAGCUGUACUGUAUACAAACAGGAAGGAUUGUAUCAGGAGUAAUUUGCUCAAGGAUUAAAGGAGUGCACGCAUGCAGUCAGCAGGAUGGACGCGCUUUGGAUGUGCCUUUGGAUUCUUUUGAGAAUAACAGAAGCAUAUGGUUCAAAUGUGUGCACCUCCAGGGGUGCAGGCACAUGUAAGGAGUGUCUGGCCGUGCACCCCAGCUGUGCGUGGUGCGUCCAAGCGGAAUUUGAUCAUGGCAAGGCUAGCUCAUCCCGCUGUGACAGGAAAGCCAACCUGGUGGAUGCGGGGUGCGCUCCUUCGGCCGUUGAGUCUCCAAACAGUCGAAUGCAGGUGAUAGAAGACCGGCCCCUUAGUAAAAAGGCGGCAGGGGCUACGCUGGAUGUGACCCAGAUCAAGCCCCAAAAACUCCAUAUUACUCUCAGGCCUGACGAUGCCAAGCGCUUUACUGUAAAGGUGCGCCAGGUGGAGGACUACCCCGUGGAUCUCUACUACCUCAUGGACCUUUCAUACUCUAUGAACGAUGACCUCUAUCGCUUAAGGACACUGGGCAAGGGCUUGGCUGAGGCAAUGAACCGCACAACCAGCAACCUGCGCAUGGGUUUUGGAGCCUUUGUGGACAAACCCAUCUCCCCUUACAUGUAUAUCUCUCCCAAGGAGGCUGUCAAGAACCCUUGUUACAGCAUAAACACCACCUGCCGGCCCCAGUUUGGCUACAAGCACGUUCUGUCGCUGACAGAUAAAGUAAGCCGUUUCACAGAGGAAGUCAGGAAGCAGAUGGUAUCCAGGAACCGGGACGCUCCCGAGGGAGGCUUUGACGCUAUUCUCCAGGCGGCUGUUUGUAAGGAACAGAUCGGCUGGCGUCCCGGUGCGUCCCACCUCCUGAUUUUCACCUCUGACGCCAAGACGCACAUGGCUUUAGACGGUCGCCUCGCUGGAAUCGUGCAGCCCAAUGACGGACGGUGUCACCUCAACUCUGCCAAUAUGUACAGCAUGUCUACCACCAUGGAUUACCCGUCCCUUGCUCUCAUCACGGAGAAGAUGUCAGAGAACAACAUUAACCUUAUUUUUGCUGUCACCAACCCCGUGGUUUCUUUGUACCAGAACUACAGCGAGCUCAUUCCCGGCACCACGGUGGGAACGCUGUCCAACGACUCUGGCAAUGUUAUUCAGCUCAUUUUAAAAGCUUACGCUAAAAUCCGCUCCAAAGUUGAGCUGGAGCUUCUGGGCGUCCCAGAGGAGCUGUCCCUCUCCUUCAAUGCCACGUGUUUGAAUGGAGAAGUCAUCCCAGGCCUGAAGUCCUGCUCCGGACUUAAGAUAGGAGACACGGUGUCUUUCAGCGUAGAGGCCCGAGCCAGAGCCUGCCCCAAACAAAAGAAAAAGAAGACCUUCAUCAUCAAACCAGUGGGCUUCAAGGACUCUCUUUCCAUCACCGUCACCAUCGAGUGCGACUGCAAAUGCCAGAACAAAGCUCAGCCCAACAGCCCCAAAUGUCACCACGGAAAUGGCACCUUCCAAUGCGGCAUUUGCUCGUGUCACCCGGGGCGCCUGGGCCCGCACUGCGAGUGCGCCGAGGGUGACUACAGCCCGGCUGAGCAGGACCGCUGCACGGAGGCCGGCGCGUCUGGCGUGUGCAGCGGGCGGGGAGAUUGCGUGUGCGGCCAGUGUGUGUGCCACAGCAGCGACUUUGGGAAAGUGUGGGGAAAGCUGUGCGAGUGCGAUGACUUCAAUUGCCUUCGUUACAAAGGAGAACUCUGCUCUGGCCACGGCCAGUGCAACUGCGGCUUCUGCCAGUGCGCCCCCGACUGGCAGGGAGAGAACUGCAACUGCUCCACCCGCACUGACACCUGCAUGUCGCACCUGGGCUUGCUGUGCAGUGGGCGUGGCCAGUGUGUGUGCGGCGCCUGCGAGUGCACCCAGCCCGGAGCGUACGGGGCCACCUGCGACAAGUGUCCCACCUGCCCUGACGCAUGCACCAUGAAAAAGGAAUGUGUGGAGUGUAAACAUUUCAAGAGAGGCAAGCUGUUUGAAGACAACACAUGUGCUCGCAUAUGUAAGGAUGAGAUUGAGCUCAUGGAGGAAUUAGUCCUUCAUGACACAAAUGCAGUUAACUGCACCUACAAGGAUGAGAACGACUGCGUGCAGCGUUUCCAAUACUAUGAAGAUGCGAGUGGAAAGUCCAUGUUGUUUGUCGUCAAGGAGCCAGACUGUCCUGAGGGCCCGGACGUGUUGGUGGUGCUGCUUUCUGUGGCAGGAGCCAUCUUGUUCCUGGGUUUGGCCACAUUGCUCAUCUGGAAGCUGCUUAUCACUAUUCACGACAGGCGCGAGUUUGCUAAAUUUGAGGAAGAGCGAGCACGGGCCAAAUGGGACACGGGGCACAACCCUCUUUACAAGGGAGCCACAUCCACCUUCACAAACAUCACGUACAGAGGAAAAGACUGACGAUGGCUGAAAAUACUCCAAGGAUGAAACGGACUUCCGCUGUGGGAAGGCACAGACUCAUGUGCAGGUCUCUACUGUCACAAGGCAAUAAAUAUGAAGAAUUAUUGUUAUUUUGUAAAUAUGUAUAAAUGACUGGAGGGCUCUUGAUCAGUAAUUUGUUUCAAAACGACGCUCUGGCUUUAAUAAAUGUUGUUUUCUGUGACUGCUCAGCUACUGAUGUGUAUGUCAGCUAAUAAAAGAUACUGUACAAUAGUGAUGUUUCGAUUCAACCAUUAGCAUGACCUAAAUGACUGUGAAUCUACACAAAAAAUGUAAUAUUUAGCAAGUAUGUCAUAUUUUUUUAUGAGAAAACCGUAAGUUAAAAAUCACUUGGGCAAUAAACCUGGUCUUCGCUAACGGUAUUCUAUAAAACAAAUUUUAAAUUACACUCUACUGCCAAUCCCUGGACAUAUAAUGUAACUGCACUGUUGUUGGGUUGUAUGGGUUCAGCCCAUUCAUUACUGUGGGAAAAUAAUCAAUAAUUUCAUUUUGUAUAGAUGUUUUUUCAAUACAUAAGAUUUUUUAAAUUUUGUUUUUUUUAGUUUUCCGUUUUCCUUGUAGGAAAAAAUAAAAUGAGUAUUUCUUUAUUAGAGCAAAAUGUAUCCAUGCAUGAUUUUAGGAGUACCACAUUUCAAAGGUAGUCAGAAGGGCAGGAACAAGUUUUAGGGGUGUUGGGAUUGACCCUAAAGAAAAAACUGUGAGGUCACAAAUUUCGAUCACACCAGUCCACAGAUUAAAGUUUAGGAUUACGUAAAGAUAAUCUAUAUCCUGUCCUUUUGUAAAGUUUGGUCAGGAACAAACCAUGCUAAAGGUGGAAUAAGAAUUCAAAGGUUUUUUUUCAAAGAAGACCUGUAACUCAGUUAUGAUUGCGGAUAUAAGUACACAGGGUCCCUCUUCAGUAGGCCAGAACGAUAUUGGAAAACCCUAUCAUUGCGAUUUUUGGGGGGCUUGCGAUAUAUUGCAAUAUUAAAACUACAUGAAUUUUCACCACAUAACUUGAAUAGCCAUGUUUGGGAAAGGCCUGAACGAUAUUGGAACGAUUGGAAACAAUACACAGGUGGUCCCCAGGUCACGACUUACAUGGUUUGGCCCACAUAAGGCUGGAAGUUGUUUCCGCUAAUAUGUUUGUGCACGCAUUUGUAAGUACGUUUACAGCUACAGUUUGUGGAGUUACGUGUGAGCGAUUUGCUAUGAGAAUUGUAAAUACGAUAGCUUUCGUAGCCUUUAAGAUAGAUGACUUUUGUCAGGCUAAUUUGACUUAUUUAAUCUUCUAAAGUUCCAUAUUGAGCAGACUGGAUGGAUGUUUGAACGCCAAUUGUUUUGUGAUAAGUGUUUUAUUGUUAAAAUGUGUGUCGUUUUGAACAUAAGUGUACAUAUGUGUGUCACAGCUUUGCAAACUGUUAAAGGUGGAGGAAGUAAACAGCUUCAAAAAGCACAAUUGCCUUAUUUGAUAUCUGUAAACCUGAACAACUUCAGGUUUUGUGAGGACAGAAUAUGUCAUAUUAAUCAAGUAAAUUAAAAAAUCAGAUACUAUGAGGUACAAUAAGGUACUGUUUAUUCGAGAAAAAAAAAAAAAAAGACUGGAGACAAAAUGGCGGACGAGUCAAAAUCGCGUAACUCGAGUACGUCGUAACCCAGGGAGU